GUGAGUGAAUCAGAAAGGGGAGAAAAAAUGUCAAUUUGGUAGAUCCCCCAAUUCCGCCGCCGGCCAUCCCGAUGGCGGCGCCACCGCCGGAGCCGCCGAUCCUUCGAACCCACGACGAGCUCCUCGAGGAGAUCUUCCUCCUUCUCCCCACUGCUGCCGACUUAGCCCGCGCCUCCCUGGCGUGCGCUUCCUUCCGCCGUCUCAUCACCGGCCACGCCUUCCUCCGCCGCUACCGCACCCUCUACCCGCCCCCUCUCAUCGGCGUGCUCGAUGUCGACGACAAUACCUUCUUCCCAGCCCAGCCUCCGCACCCCUCCGCCGUCGCCGCCCGCACUUUUACCGGCUUCGACUUCUCCUGCUCCUCCUUCCUCCCCUCCACCGCCGGCCGUACCUGGAGGGCGAUUGAUCUCUUCGACGGACGCGUCCUCCUCGGCGGCGCCCCAGAGGAGAGGACGUGCGACUUGGAGCACCUCCAACUUUUGGUCAGGGAGCUCGCUGUGUGCGACCCCGUGUUCCACCGCUACAUCCUGCUGCCCGGUGUCCCCGGCGACCUGACGGCGCUGGUCCCUGAACCGGACCUCCUCGAUAUGGACACUUUCCUUGCUCCCGGCGAUGAUGAGGAGGACCCUUUAUCAUUCAGGGUCAUGUGCUUGGUGCGAUGCAGAAGGAAUAUGCUGCUCCUCGUCUUCUCCUCUGUGAAUGGGCAAUGGCAUGCUCUUACAUUUGACCAAUGGAGUGUUUCGGGUACAUUUGACCCAUAUAAGGAUGGGCUGUUAAAUCGUCAAUUAGUCGGCCGAUGCUUCUGUUGGCAUCCACCUUUCCUCAACAAGUUGCUUCUGCUCGAGACGCGCUCCAUGGAGUUCUCUGCUAUCAGCCUCCCACCCGAACAACCGCAGUGUCACAAUUUUGUUAUUGUUGAGGCAGCAGAAGGAAUGCUCGGGAUGCUCACUGGAAUCAAUGACGGGCACAACGAUGGUGGCCCAUAUCGGCUCGUGUAUUCCAUUCUAACAAACAACCAAUGGCACUCACAGAAUGUCAUCCCAUUGCCGGAAAAGUAUGGUGUUAUUUUGUUUGGUGUAGCCGGGGGAUACGUGCUCAUGCAGGCAUACACCACAUCUUCACCAGAGAAGCUAUGGUUCUUUUCAGUGGACGUCAUGACGUUGCAGGUCGAGUUGUUCGGCGAAGGCUCCUGUAGUGGUGAACUAUAUGCUAGCCUCCCACGAUUAUUAUGUGCACCAACUAUAUGAAGCGAUGCUGAUGCCGCGUGAACUAGGGAGAAGAAGUUGGUUCCUCUGAGCAUGUUGUGGUCAGGAAGAGAAAGUGAUGCGUGGAUCGGAUGUAUUCGUUUGUUCAAUGCCGAUGCCGUGUCGGAAGCUAUCAUGCGUGCAUGUGUGCGGUUGCCCAGUUGCAGCAUUUGAACUUUUGAAGUGUAUGCCAAUCUCUGAACUUUUAGGUUCUUGUUACUGCAAUGUUAAUGUCUAAAAGCUCGGGUAGGCCCUGCUUAGGGCCUGAGCUUGCUUGUAUCGACUGAACUCCUGCAAUGGCAAGGAGGUCUAGAAUGUUACUGGAUGAAAUGCUUUGUUUCGAUGUAUCACAACUAAAUAUUACUAUUA